AUGACUACCCAACUUCCAGGUCUCCGACGCAAGGACUUUCAUGUCGCAAUCAUCUGCGCCGUUGACUGCGAGUAUGACGCUGUUAUCUUUACCUUUGAUGAGAUUUGGGACGGACUUGAAUUCCGACUCGGGAACGCGCCUGGGGACCACAAUAAAUACGAAGUCGGCCGGAUCGCGAACCGCAACGCCGUUCUACUGCUGCUUACGGGUAUGGGCAAAGCCAAUGCAGCAAGCGGGGCUGCCAGCCUUCGAUCGAGCUACACCGAGAUUAAGUUGGCAAUCGUGACGGGCAUUUGUGGAGGGGUGCCAGGCGUUGGGACCGACAAGGAACUUCUGCUUGGUGACGUUGUUAUAAGCAAAUGCAUCGUCCAGUACGACCUAGGAAGACGGUAUGCGGACCGAUUCGCUACGAAGGAUGCUAUCGAGGACAGCCUAGGAAGACCUCACGAGAGCAGGAAAUUCCUGGAUCUAGUAUGCAAUAACACGGCCGCACAUGAGCUUCGUGUGGUCGUUGGGCGGCUAGGAUCUGGCGAUACGGUGAUGAAGUCCGGGCUAGAUCGCGACCAGGUUGCCCAGGAGCAAAACCUCAUCGCAUUUGAGAUGAAAGGAGCUGGCAUUUGGGACCGAUUCCCUUGUGUUGUUGUCAAGGCAGCUUGUGACUAUUCAGACAGCCAUAAGAACAAGAAGUUCCAGAACUUUGCUGCGGCAAGGGCGGCCUCCGCAAUGAAGGCAGUUUUGGAGGCUUUCCCAUGCGCUGGUAGUCCAUCGGAAUGCCGCCAAGACAUUUUCGAGGUGCUGGAAAGAUUCUACUUUGGCGAGCAGAACCAUGCCAACUCAUCAAAACUCAAGUUCCUCAUAACAAGCAGGCCGUAUGACGAUCUGGAGAUGUCCUUUGAGACGAUGGCGACUGCGGAAUCAUAUAUCCGUUUGGACGGCGAUGAUAAGUUUGAAGAGAUUCGCCACGAGAUUGACCUUGUUAUUGACCACAAGGUCAGAGAGUUUGGAAAACACUUCCGCGAAGAGCACCACCGAGCAAUCUCAGAACGUCUUAAGGCCAUGGAGAACCGCACCUAUCUCUGGCUUCAUCUCACGCUCAGCAUCAUUGAUGAAAAACGUAGCGCAUAUCGCAAGCCCUCAAGUGUUCAGACGCUGCCUUCUAGUCUUCCAUCUUCAGUAUUUGAUGCUUACGAGAAGAUUUUGAGCCGCAGCCAGGAUGAGGAGCAAGCGAGAAACCUUCUCAACAUUAUUCUCGCUGCCACGCAGCCUUUGACACUCAACGAAAUCAACUGGGCCCUGACGUUACAGGCAAAAGACUUCAUGAACCAGAAAGAACUUGAGGAUGAUAUAUGGCCUCGUGAAAGUCUGAAAAUGACAGUGAAGAAUCUUUGUGGCCUUUUUUAG